GUUAGCAACACCAUACGCGUCUACGAUUUGUUUCCGAAAAGGUCGUCGAUGACUUUGCGAAUAUACAAAAUUACAAAGAAAAGUGUAGCUGUUUGUGUAAUUUUAUAUCAAGUUAUUUAAAGUAGUAAACAUAUACACAAUGGCCGGGGCAAUGUUAUUCGAGAGAUCACGCGUGUCAUCAUCGAACAGGGACGAAGACGUCCGCAUGACUGAUAAAAUGGUUAGCACAGGCGAACUGCCCGAAGAUGACGAGGAGAACAUCAGAGUGAAAGAGCAAGGCAUCCUCAAUCUCGGCGAAAAGUACAAGAAAGAAGGCAAGGCCAAGGAACUGGCGGAACUGAUCAAAGCUACGAGGCCGUUCCUCAGUCUGAUAAGCAAGGCUAAGGCCGCCAAGUUGGUGCGUUCCCUCGUUGAUUUCUUCUUGGACUUAGAAGCCGGCAUCGGCAUAGAGGUUCAGUUGUGCAAAGAGUGUAUAGAAUGGGCGAAAGAGGAGCGCCGCACGUUUCUGAGACAGUCCCUCGAGGCCAGACUCGUAGCGCUCUACUUCGACACUGGUAUGUACACGGAGGCCCUAGAUUUAGCCACAGCACUUUUAAAGGAACUAAAGAAGUUAGAUGACAAAAAUUUGUUAGUCGAAGUGCUUCUUCUAGAGAGCAAAACUUACCAUGCUCUCAGCAAUUUACCCAAGGCGCGUGCGUCUCUGACGUCAGCCAGGACCACAGCGAACGCGAUCUACUGUCCUCCCAAAAUGCAGGCCGCCCUCGACUUACAGUCGGGCAUACUGCAUGCAGCGGACGAGAGAGACUUCAAAACAGCCUACUCAUACUUCUAUGAAGCUUUUGAAGGCUACGAUGGAGCAGACAGCCCCAAAGCAUUAACAGCUUUGAAAUACAUGCUGUUGUCCAAGAUUAUGCUCAACCAUGCAGAGGAGGUCAACACUGUAUGCAGUAGUAAAUCAGCUCUAAAGUAUGCAGGCAAAGAGCUGGAAGCGAUGCGCGCAGUGGCCACCGCAUCACACAAGAGAUCACUGGCAGAUUUCCAGGCAGCGUUAAAAACGUAUAAACGAGAGCUGGAAGAGGAUGCAGUAGUCCGAGCUCACCUCGGUGCCCUGUAUGACACCAUGUUGGAGCAGAACUUAUGUCGCAUCGUGGAACCUUACAUGCAAGUACAAGUGGAUCACGUAGCUAAGUGCAUCCGCCUUCCAGUCAUUCAAGUAGAGAAAAAAUUAUCUCAAAUGAUUCUUGACAAAAAACUGAAUGGUAUACUGGAUCAGGGAGAAGGUGUGUUGAUUGUGUUUGAUGAGUCACCCCUGGAGAAGACAUACGAGACUGUCCUAGAAACCAUCCAUCAUAUGAGUAAGGUUGUGGACACCCUCUACCAGAAAGCUAAGAAACUCUCAUAGGCCCAUGUAAAUUGUUGUAGCAUUAAAACUAUAAAAUAUAUAUCAAAUAAACUUAAAUUUUCAGUUGAAGAAAAUUGUAAAUCAAGUAACACUAUUUUCUAAGUGAAUUUCCAAAUUUUGUUAACAAAAUCGCUAUAUACUUACAUAAUAAUUUUGAAAGAGCAAGUUUGAAAUAACCAUAGAUUUAUAUAAUAACAGAUAUAAUAAGUAUUGCCUUUCUUUUUUUAUUAAACCUUAGAACUGUUACUUAUUUGAUAUAAUAAAUGUAAUAAUACUAAUAUUUUAAUUGACUUUUACUUUCUUUUUUUUUAACUUAAGCUAGUGACAAAUUGUAAUAUUCUGUUUUAUUGAGGAUUAAAGUGUUCUUCA